CACACAGCAACAAGCAGCAGCAACAGCUGAGUGAGCAGCAGUGACAGCACGGAGCGGGGAAAGUGUACAGCUGUCUGUCAGCUUCACCGCUUCAGUCACGGCUUGUUGUGAGUCAGGCUCUCACCUCCAGGGUUCAUCAUGACGUUCAUUCUCAUGAAGAAAAAGAGAUUUAAGUUUAAAGUAGACUUCGACUUGGAGGAAUUGUCAUCUAUUCCCUUCGUAAAUGGAGUUUUAUUCUGUAAAGUUAGACUCAUGGAUGGAGGCUUUGCCGAAGAGUCGUCUCGCGAGUCAGUCCAAGCUAACUGCGUACGCUGGAUGAAGAGAUUUUCUUUCAUGUGUAAGAUGAGUGCCAAUGCCGGGACAGGUGUGCUGGACCCCUGUGUGUGCCGGGUGUCUGUGCGCAAGGAAUUGAAGGGUGGAAAAAGUUUUGCAAAGCUGGGCUUUGCCGACUUGAACCUGUCUGAGUUUGCUGGAUCUGGCAGCACUACACGACGGUGUCUCCUGGAAGGAUACGACACCAAGAACACCAGACAAGACAACUCAAUUCUUAAGGUGGUCAUCACCACACAACUUAUGUCUGGAGACCCCUGCUUUAAAACACCCGCAUCUACAGCCAUGACUCUAGGAAUUCCACAGGCUGAAGCAGAGUGUCUCCUUGAGGACAGAAAGGGAGGGGACAAGCACAUUUCCCAUUCACUCACUGAGGCACCAGGAAAGUCAGUAUCAGUCCCAGAGGAGCUGAUAGCGUAUGGUCACUCAAGAACACCCAGCUAUGCAAGUCAGCAGUCAAAAAUCUCAGGUUACAGCUCGAAUCACUCCAGCUUAACAGAUCUCAGCCAUCGGCGCAGCGCAUCAGGAGGUUCUGCAUCCACAGGCAUCGGCAGCAUCAUGGAACCCAGUGAUCAGCAGGGGGAGAGAGGAGAGAGGGAGAAGAUCACCCAUCCCAUCUCUGCAACCUGUUCCCAUGCACCUGAACACUCAUAUACAUCUGCUAAAGUUUCAAGACACCCAAUGAAGCAGAACUCAGUGGAGAAUCAGCUGAAGAGAGUUGAUGCCACCAGGGUGGAUGCUGAUGACAUAAUAGAGAAGAUCCUGCAGAGCCAGGAUUUCAGCCAUGGCUUCUUGGACUCUAGUGCAGAGGAGGAGGGGCUCAGCUUGUUUGUUGGUCCUGGUGGGAGUACAGCUUUGGGAAGCCAGCAUACGAGGGUCGCAGCUGGAGCCUUUGAGCAGGUGGUGAUCAAGCACUAGGCUUUGGAAAGCAUGUGCCUGCCAUAAAAGGUGCCAUAUUACACCGAUACCGGGGGACACAAGACUGAGUAGCGGAGGUGUCCUUAGGGCAUGCACUCUUCACUCCAGGAGAUUUAAUUUCUCUUAUGUAAGGCCUCUGCAUCAGACUUACAGUGUGUGCCUAUGUGUAUGUUGAGUAGGAGUGCCCCCUGUUGGUCAAGAAAUGAAGCUAGGACCACAUUAUUGGAACAUUUUGGUGAGAUAAACUGGUGCACUGACAUUUCUGUUGGUCUUCUUGUGCUCUAUGAAGAUUGUAAGGUUAGGGGUUACUAUGGUAAUUCUAUACAUAUUGUUCAACAAUCUAGGGGGCAUUUGAGCCUCACGUUAUUUAAAAAAAAAAAAGGUUAUUUUGUUUGACCAUUUUUCUUGUUCCUUAAGUGGCUGGAAGGGGGGGGGCUGUGUCCCUUCCUUUCAGUCCCAUAUAUAAACUGAAAGAAAACUGGCGCUCAAGACCAUUAGAGAUUAACACCUCUGUUCACCUGGUUGUGAAAGAGGAUUACUGAAGUCUGUAAUUUUUGUAUGUUUUGUGUGCGUGUGUGUGUGUUUGUAUAGAACUGUUGUCUGUUAAAACUAAUGAAUUUAUUUUUAUCUCUGAUUUUGUAAAUGUGCCAAACUUAGUAAACUGGGUAUAUACUGACACUUAUUUCAAAAAACGUAAAUAAGCUGUGUACUUGUUAAAAGUAAACUGUGUAAAGUCCAUGGUGUUUUCAAGAUAUCUGUAUGUUGUUUUUACGUUGGCAGAAUGUUGAUAUUGUAUUUAAGGCCAAAUAAAAAGACUUUUUAAAGUGCA